AUUAUCUCUAUUAAAACAAAUACAAUUACAAAGAUGUGCGAUAUGGCUGCUUGUGGAGCAGUCACUUGCUGCUAUGGUGUAUCAUGCUUUGGUAGUGUCAUCAAGAAGUCGACAGGUACAAGAAUGCUCUACGUCAUCAACUUUAUGAUUGUAUCAAUACUUUCAUAUCUCUUCAGUUCAUAUGCUUAUAGUUGGUUCAAGAAUAUUGAUGUAUUCAAAGUAUGCUCUCAUGAUGAUGAGUGUUAUGGAUCAUUGGUUGUGUAUAGACUUACAUUCGCAUUGGCUGUGUAUCAUAUAUUGUUGGGCUUGGUACUCAUUGGAGUCAAGUCUUCAGAGAAUGGACGCGCAUCCAUUCAGGAUGGCUACUGGCCACUCAAACUGUUGUUCUUGGCCGGCUUCACCGUGGUCACAUUCUUCAUCCCCAACAGCUUCUUCAAGUACUACGCAUGGGUAUCGUUGGUUGGCGCCGCCAUUUUCAUUCUCAUCCAGCUGGUGCUGCUCAUUGAGUUUGCCUACUCAAUCAGCGAGAACUGGAUCCAAAAGGUCGAGGACGAGGGACACGUCACCAAGAAGUGGUACAUCCUCCUUCUCAUCUCCUCCAUUGGCACAGUAGCACUCUCACUGGCCCUCUCUAUCACCAUGUUGGUGCUCUGGUCCAAGACAUCCAGUCUCAAUCAAUUCUUCAUUAUCUUCAACAUGGGCAUAUCGCUCAUCAUCGGUUUACUCUCAAUCACAGAGAAGUCAAUCAAUCAUUAUUAG